CUGACUGCCAGCACUUCAUUUUCGCAGGCAGGACUACCGAGGACGAUGCGUAAGGCCAUCUUCGAACUGGGGCGCGCUGUGCGUGAAACCGGCCAAGCUGUCGACCGCUUGGGUCUUCGUGUGUUGGGCAGCAGCCUGCACCGCGAAAAGUUCUCUCGCCACCGCCAAAUCAUGGCGCUGUACGACAAGGCUCCCGUGAUCGCACACGACUCAUGGGUAGCCCCGAACGCUUCCGUGAUCGGUGACGUCGAGAUUUGCAACGACUCGUCGGUCUGGUACGGCGUCGUGAUCCGCGGUGACCUGAACAAGGUGUCGAUCGGUAACCGCACCAACAUCCAGGACCGUGCGGUAAUCCACACGUCGAGCACCACCACCCCUGGCCUGGCCCCGGGUACCUCCAUUGGUAACAACGUGACCGUCGGUCACGGCGCCAUCUUGUACUCGUGCACGAUCGAAAACAACGUGUUGGUCGGCAUGGGCUCCAUCGUGUUGGACGGCGCGUUGGUCGAGUCCAACUCGAUCUUGGCCGCCGGUACCGUCGUACCUCCUGGUCGCCGCAUCCCUUCCAACCAGUUGUGGGCGGGCAGCCCUGCGAAGUACGUCCGCGACGUGAGCGAGGAUGAAGUAGCAGACUUGGUCAAGCAAGCCUCCGAGUACACCAAGUUGGCCGAAACACACAGCGACGAAUUCUUGCCCUACGGCACCGCCUACUUGGACGCCGAACGCAUCAAGGCACAAGGCGGGUCAUUGUAAGCAGCAGCAGCCGCCGCAAAUGAAAUAGCUGACACGUUGUAACUCAGGCAUAUUAUCUUGUGCACCUUUGGUUGCUUGAGCUCCCAAAUGUCCUUCCUUGCAUUCCUUUACUCCACCAAAUGUCCUUGAAUUCCUGUACUCCAC